AUGUGCGGGGAGGUGUGCGAGGAGAUGUGCGGGGAGCUGUGCGGGGAGCUGUGCGGGGAGAUGUGCGGGGAGGUGUGCGGGGAGAUGUGCGGGGAGGUGUGCGAGGAGCUGUGCGGGGAGAUGUGCGGGGAGAUGUGCGGGGAGAUGUGCGGGAAGGUGCGGGGAGAUGUGCGGGGAGCUGUGCGGGGAGAUGUGCGGGGAGAUGUGCGAGGAGAUGUGCGGGGAGAUGUGCGGGGAGAUGUGCGGGGAGCUGUGCGGGGAGAUGUGCGGGGAGAUGUGCGAGGAGGUGCGGGGAGGUGCGAGGAGAUGUGCGGAGAGGUGUGCGGGGAGAUGUGCGGGGAGAUGUGCGGGGAGUGCGGGGAGAUGUGCGGGGAGAUGUGCGGGGAGAUGUGCGGGGAGAUGUGCGGGAAGGUGCGGAGGCGGCGCGGGGACCCUGCUGAGGGCCACCUGUGGAGCCGGUGCCGCCUCUGCCGGGCGGGGAGCGCUCGGGGGACGGGGCCGCUGUCCCCCGGGCCGGGGCGAUCCCGGCGACAUCCCGAGCGCGUCCCGGCGGCGGGGCCGCGAUCAGCACCGCGGACAGCGCCCGGCGGCGCCUCCCGGGCGGGGCUGGAGCGGGACACGAGCCCGAGACCGGGAACCGAGACCGGGAACCGGAGCCGGGAACCGAAACCCGGAACCGGCGGGGGCGGGCAGGACUCUCCGGGACAUCACCGCCCGCCCGGAGUCACCGCGGACGGCUCGCCGGGCCAGGCACGCUGUGCAGGAGCCGGGAACGAAGCCCCAGCUCCCCGGGAGGAGUCCCCAGGGCCCCUGCAGGAUGCAUUAACAGCUCGUCUCUCCAGCGAGCCGUGCUGGGAAGAGCACGGAGCAAAAGGAAGAGAGAAAGGAAGAACCGAUCUCUCGAAGGAUCCUGGCUGGCAGCAAUAUCAGCAUCUGACUGAAGAGAACUCAGCCACACGCAUAAUCCUCGGGAAAAUUCAUCUCCACCCUCCCGCAGACCCCGGUAUUGGCAUUCAAGGACGGAGUGAACUGGACGUGAUGUCCCAUGGGGGGGACUGGAGCGAAUAAAUCUGUGUUUGCUGGUGGGGACGAGGCUUUGCCCCCUCCAAGGCAGGAAACUCGUACUUUAA